UCUUAACGGUAGGACACAAAUUGCGGGGAAUUACAGAACAGGGAGUUUACGACAAAAGCUUUGACCCAAAAGCGAAGAACUGACAGGAGACAAAUGAAUAAUGAGGAGCUCCAUAAUUUGUACGCAUCACCAAAUUUUACUAUUACGAUAAUGGAAUCAAGGCAUUAAUUUAGCCUAGGAACCAGUCAGAAUGGCCGGUAGUAGAGACGGACGCAGCUGCGUUCUAGAGACACAAACUUCCACGAAGAGGAUCAAACUGGAGCCUCCGGAUAGUGGCAAGUGUUACGAAAACUCGAUUUUCACUCCGGGUUCCGAACUUGAGAAGAGUUGCCAAGUAAACUGGAUAGUACAGUUAAACGCUAACCGGGGUUACAUUUCACCAACGCGGUUACGCCCGGACAACGAACUGAACGCAUAUCCAGACACAAAGGCAGGGAGGGUCGGUCAGACUCAAGAAGUCGGACACCUUCACCAGCUCUGGUACGGACACACAGUUCCUUUGUCCACAACACUCCACCAGCCAGCAACCACUCACUCUCCCUCCCCUCAACACGUGGCAUUGAACCAGCUUGCAGGUGUUCGUGAAGAAACUAGAUCCUCGCCUUCACUUUUGAGCUCGUGUUUGGAAUCGUCGGCCCUAGAGAACGAGGGUUAUCGCCCUGCUAUUUUGUAGCUCGCUCAUCGCUGAUGGUUUAUUAGCCUCUG